ACAUCCUCCUCAUACCGCACUAUUACCAUGUAUCCGAAGAUGGAGCAGCAGGGGACGAAAGCCCCCACAGGUGUUUGAGCAAGAUAACAUUCGGUUAAUUUUUGAUCUUUGGAACGCUGCUACAUUUAUCAAAAAUGACUACAUACGGGCUAGGCUUACACAGCAUAGGGCUAAACGUGUUGUUUUGCUUUCUCUUACGUCAUGCCGAUUUGUACAAUUUAGACAUACCGCACGCUAUUCCACUCAGUGGUCCGAAUGGGACAUUUUUUGGAUAUUCUGUGUUGCUACACAAGCAUCAGCAACAGACAUGGGUAAUAGUUGGCGCACCAGUUGCAAAUUCAAGGUUCAACCAGGCUGUCAGGAAUCCUGGAGCAAUCUACAAGUGCAAAAUUACAGACAAGAAGGACUGUGAACAGAUUCAACUCGGUGUAAUGCUUGACAUGCCCUGUGGCAGACACUGUUCUGCUGAGGUUGAAAACCAGUGGCUUGGUGUGAGCCUCUCCAGGCGGCAGCAGGAUGGACUCGUGUUGGCCUGUGGACAUCGUUGGAAAAAUGUCUACUUCACCAAAAAAGAAGAUCUAAAUAAGUUGCCACAUGGCAUAUGCUACAAAUUGGAGUCUGACUUGAAUCAAUCAAGUCCUUUGAUUCCAUGCUACAGAGAUCACGAACAUACGUUUGGCAAUGACUUUGCAUCAUGUCAAGCAGGGAUUUCAAAUGUCCUUAUUGGGGACCUCAUAGUAAUGGGAGCCCCUGGAACCUUGUUUUGGACUGGGUCUGUUUUUGUCCACAACAUAUCCAGUCAGGUCACUUCUGCCUACUUGGAUGAUAACGUUGUCCUCUAUGGAAGUUAUUUGGGGUACUCAGUCGGCGCUGGCCACUUCCUGCACCCAAACUCCACUGAGGUAGUGGGUGGAGCCCCCCAGUACGGGCAGACUGGAAGAGCCUACAUCUUUAGCAUAGAGUCCAGCACACUGAGCAUCAUCUCUGAGGUUAAAGGUCAACAGCUGGGUUCCUAUUUUGGGGCCACUGUGUGUGCGGUGGACCUGAACACUGAUGGCCUGUCUGACCUGCUGGUGGGAGCUCCAAUGUUCAGCGCUGUGAGGGAGGAGGGCCGUGUGUACAUCUACAUGAACCAGGGACAGGCUAACAUGAAGGAGAUGGAGUUUACAUUAGCAGGAAGAGAUUCAUAUGCAGCCCGGUUUGGGGAAAGUAUCACAAGUCUUGGAGAUAUUGAUGAUGAUGGCUAUCCAGAUGUUGCAGUUGGGGCACCACAAGAGGAUGACCUACAUGGUGCUAUUUAUAUCUACAAUGGGAGGAAGACGGGACUUGAACAAUACUUUUCUCAAAGGAUUGCUGGGUCUGCCUUGGGUAGUGCUUUCAAGAUGUUUGGCCAGUCUGUGUCUGGGGGCAUUGAUGUUGAUGGAAACGGUUACCCAGAUGUGGCCGUGGGAGCCUUUCUGUCCGACUCUGCUGUUGUUCUGAGGACACGGGCGGUUGUUGUGGUGGAGGCGAUGAUACUUCUUCCUCCUAGUGUGAACCGCACCCAUGCCGUGUGUACAGAGAACGGCCAGCCUGCCGUUUGCCUCAAAACCUCUGUGUGCUUCCAGUUGCACGCGAAACGUGUCUCUGGGCUCAUCGAAAUACUGUACAACCUGACGGCUGAUGUCGAGCACAUAGAGGGGCUCCAGUCCAGAUUCUUCUUCAACACCAACGGCACAGAGUUAUCAAAUGCCACAGCAGGCAGCAUCAAGACCAGGCAUGGCCACAUGACCUGUGUUAACCACCUGGCCUUUCUGAGGAGAGACAUUCGGGACAUCUUCACCCCCAUCCACUUUGAGCUGCAGUAUGAGCUGGGAGAGCACAAUGUGGUGAGGGGUAACUUCAAGAGCUUUCCCCCUCUCAGGCCUAUGCUCCAGAGGGGAGAGGAGUACAGCAACUUGCUGACCAACAAGACUGUAUUCACCAGGUACUGUGCCUGGGCCAACUGUUCCACCAAUCUGCAAGUGUCUGCACAGCUGCUGUUACCGAGGACACAUAGAGACAUGCCAUAUGUUGCCCUGGGGGAGGGGAAGACCAUUCUACUGAAUGUUACGCUGUCCAAUGCUGGCGACGCUGCCUUCCUCCCCAUGCUUCACCUGAGAUACCCCAGCAAUCUCUACUUCAUCAAAGUGUUGGACGCUGAGGAGAAAUACGUGAGCUGUAAAAUUGCUGAGGAAGAGAAGACAAGUGUCGGGCUAGAUUGCAGCGUGGGAAAUUUGUUUUUCAACACAUUAGCCAAAGUUAAUAUCAGCUUUCUGCUGGAUGUCAGUGCUGACAGUGAACCAGGUGACCUGAACAUCAUAAUCAAUGCAACCCGGGAGAAUUUAGAAAAUGAAGAUCUUCUCCAUGACAAUAUUGUUAAUCUGACUCUGCUAUUGAGAUAUGGAGUGAAUCUAAACAUCCACGGUUUUGUAUCCCGAACAGAGUUUGUGUUUGGGGACUUUGAGGAGCCACACUGCUCUGCUGAGAGGUUCAAAUAUACUUUCAAGGUUGUCAAUGUUGGUCCAAGCAUAUCUCACGGCACAAGAGUGGAAAUUGAUAUCCCCAAAGCUUUAGCACCGUAUCCAUACAGACUGCUCAACAUUUUGGACAUACAGUCAUCUUCUGGGUGGUGUUACAUUCGAAACUCCACUGAUGGGACCAGCAGUACACAUGGCACCAUGUAUGGAAGCCAGAGAGCCAGUACCAUUGACAGUGUUUGGUUAAAUGUGACAACUACCACUGACAGCUAUUGGACGAAUAGGUCCAGCACCACACACCCUUAUUGGACUAAUAUUUCCAGUACCACUGACACCAAUUGGACAAAUAUAUCCUAUUGGGCCAAUGUGAGAAACUGGACCACUGUUAUUGAGGAUGAGUGUGAUCUGCCUGACUCCAAUCCCUUGAAUGAUUUCUUCUUCUUCUUCUCGAAAAGCAGUAGAAGACAUAUGUAUUGUAUGAAAGAGGAUGCUCUGUGUCUGUACGCGGUGUGUGAGCUUGGAGACAUGGGCAUUGGGAAAGAUGUCACCAUUGAAAUGGAGGUCGAAAUGAAUUCGGGAGUUUUAGACAUCUCACCGGGAAGACAUAGUGUCAUGCUGUUAGAGACCACUGCUGUCAUAUCACCCAAGAAGGACCCAUUUAUUUGGUUCUUAAAAGAAGACCCCAUCACAGUGGUUGUCCUGGAGGCCCAUCAUAGCCACAAACUGAAACGAGUCAUUGAGCUGUCCAUCAUCGUGGCCAGUCUCUUACUAGGCUUCUUCAUCCUUGCCUUGCUGGUCAUCUGCAUGUGGAAGAGUGGCUUCUUUAAGCGUGAGGACAAGAUGGAGAAUAUACAAAGGCUCAGCUGGGACUACUGAGGACGGACAUUGAUUCAUUUCAAAUAUAUGACACAAUAUCAUAGUUAAACUGUUGCGACGAGCAAUCCCGUAUCCAGGAGCGUAAUUAUAGCCUCAAGCUCAUUACCAUAACGCAACGUUAACUAUUCAUGAAAAUCGCAAAUGAAAUUAAAUAUAUAUAUUGGCUCACAAACUUAGCCUUUUGUUAACAACACUGUCAUCUCAGAUUUUCAAAAAAUGCUUUUCAACCAUAGCUACACAAGCAUUUGUGUAAGAGUAUUGAUAGCUAGCAUAGCAUUAAGACUAGCAUUCAGCAGGCAACAUUUUCACAAAAACAAGAAAAGCAUUCAAAUAAAAUAAUUUACCUUUGAAGAACUUUGGAUGUGUUCCAUGAGGAGACUCAGUUAGAUAGCAAAUGUUCAGUUUUUCCAAAAAUAUUAUUUGUGUAGGAGAAAUCGCUCCGUUUUGUUCAUCACUUUUUUCCAAAUUAAUAUCGACAGAAACAUGGCAAACGUUGUUUAGAAUCAAUCCUCAAGGUGUUUUUCACAUAUCUAUUCGAUGAUAAAUUACUCGUUGCAGUUUGGUUUCUCCUCUGUUCAAAAUGAAAAAAAUGCACGCACCUGGAGAUUACGUAAUAGUUUCGACGGAGGACACCGAGCGGACACCUGGUAAAUGUAGUCUCUUAUGGUCAAUUUUCCAAUGAUAUGCCUACAAAUACGCCACAAUGCUGCAAACACCUUGGGGAAACGACCGAAAGUGUAGGCUCAUUCCUUGCGCAUUCACAGCCAUAUAAGGAGACAUUGGAACACAGCGCCUCAGAAAUCUGGCUCACUUCUUGUAUGAAAUUCCAUCUUGGUUUCGCCUGUAGCAUUUGUUCUGUGGCACUCACAGACAAUAUCUUUGCAGUUUUAGAAACGUCGGUGUUUUCUUUCCAAAGCUGUCAAUUAUAUGCAUAGUCAAGCAUCUUUUCAUGACAAAAAAAUCUUGUUUGAAACGGGAACGUUUUUCAUCAAAAAAUGAAAUACUGCCCCCAGAGGUUCAAGAGGUUAAAGGGGAAAUUCAGUACAACAUAAUGUUAGAUGGUUCCUCAACCUGAAAGUAGUCUAAUCAUCUAAAAUGAAUGAGAUUUUCUGACACCCUGCAGUCACAUUUUGGCACCAGUAGACUAACUAACUAGCUAGCUAGCUAUGUAAACCACACCCUUCUGCGAACACGCCUUCUGCAAUGAUGGCUACAAGGCAGUACAUAUUUAAAUUAGGUAAGAGUAUAAGAUAUUACCAUUGGUGUAUAAAAAUGACCGGCUUUAUGGGGUGUCACACAAAGCCUUAGCUUUGUGGGGGUUUGCAAUUUUGCAAUUUUUUAUCAUAGGUACAAUUCAACUGUGAGAGACGGAAUCUGAAACAAAAAUCCAGAAAAUCACAUUGUAUGAUUAAGUAAUUAAUUAGCAUUUUAUUGCAUGACAUAAGUAUUUGAUACAUCAGAAAAGCAGAACUUAAUAUUUGGUACAGAAACAUUUGUUUGCAAUUACAGAGAUAAUACAGUUCCUGUAGUUCUUGGCCAGGUUUGCACACACUGCAGCAGGGAUUUUGGCCCACUCCUCCAUACAGACCUUCUCCAGAUCCUUCAGGUUUCGGGGCUGUCGCUGGGCAAUAUGGACUUUCAGCUCCCUCCAAAGAUUUUCUAUUGCUUUCAGGUCUGGAGACUGGCUAGGCCACUCCAGGACCUUGAGAUGCUUCUUACGGAGCAGUUGAAGUGUACCUAUGAUAAAAAAUUACAGACCUCUACAUGCUUUGUAAGUAGGAAAAUCUGCAAAAUCAGCAGUGUAUCAAAUACUUGUUCUCCCCACUGUAUGUAUUCACCCACUUUGUUAUGAAGCCCCUAAAUAAGAUCUGGUGCAACCAAUUACCUUCAGAAGUCACAUAAUUAGUUAAAAAAGUCCACCUGUGUGCAAUCUAAGUGUCACAUGAUCUCAGUACAUACACACCUGUUCUGAAAGGCCCCAGAGUCUGCCAUCACUAAGCAAGGGGCACCACCAAGCAAGCUGCACUAUGAAUACCAAGGAGCUUGCCAAACAGGUCAGGGACACAUUUGUGGAGAAGUACAGAUCAGGGUUGGGUUAUAAAAAAAAUCGGAAUCUUUGAACAUCCCACGGAGCACCAUUAACUUUGUCGGGAUCAGUGUCCCUUCCACGGGACGGUUGAGCUAACGUAGGCUAAUGCGAUAAGCAUGAGGUUGUAAGUAACACAAAAAUUUCCCAGGUCAUAGACAUAUCUGAUAUGGGCAGAAAGCUUAGAUUCUUGUUAAUCUAGCUGCACUGUCCAAUUUACAGUAGCUAUUAUAGUGAAAGAAUACCAUGCUAUUGUUUGAGGAGAGUGCACAAUUUUUUAACAUGAGGUUAUAAAUCAGUUAGGUACAUUUGGGCAGUCUUGACACACAAUUUUUAACAGAAAUACAAUGGUUCAUUGGACCAGUCUAAAACUUUGCACAUUCACUGCUGCCAUCUUUUGGCCAUAAUCUAAGUUACACCUGGGCUGGAAUGAUACAUUAUGGCAUUUCUCUGUAUAUUCUCCUACAUUCCUUUCACAUUUCCACAAACUUCAAAGUGUUUCCUUUGAAAUGGUACCAUGAAUAUAGGAUGUGAAUAGUUAUGCACGCUCAAGUUCAGUUUUUUAGUCUUAUUUCUUGUUUGUUUAAAAAUAAACAAAUAUUUUGCAUCUUCAAAGUGGUAGGCAUGUUGUGUAAAUCAAAUGACACAAAUCCCAGAAAAAUCGAUUUUAAUUCCAGGGUGUAAGGCAACAGAAUAGGAAAAAUGCUAAGCGGGGUGAAUACUUUCACAAGCCACUGUAUUGGGGGUGGCAGGUAGCCUAGUGGUUAGAGCGGUGUGCAAGUAACUGAAAGGUUGCAGGAUUGAAUCCCCAAACCUACAAGGUCAAAAUCUGCCAUUAUCCCACUGUUCCCUGGUAGGCCGUCACUGUAAAUAAGAAUGUGUUCUUAGCUGACUUGCCUAGUUAAAUAUUAUAAUAAUAAUAAUGAAGUCGUAGGAGAAACUGGCAAAUAGACACACUUAAAAUAUUAUUUUUUUAUGUGGAUUUAUAGGAAUUCAGGGAGGGAAAUUACAAAAUGCACUUUAUAUUUGACAAGAGACAUCUUGAGAUUAACCUACAUGAACAAAAGCAAACAAUUUGAUAUAGGAACUAGAAAAAUGCUCAGCUUUUGAAAGGCAAUUAUGUUUUCUAUGCAACUGAAGUUUUUGAAAUGUCUCAAAUGUUAUUCUCAAUUUCAAUAGACUACAUGCCAUCUAAAUUGCAGUAUUGUUUUUGUAAAAAAAAAAUAAUAAUUGUACCAUGCUGUAAAUUAUUAGUUAUUCCUGUACAGGGAGACAUGGUGUUGUCAUUUUGUAGGCCGAGUCUGACUGCCUGGUUCUAAUCAAAUUUCACCCAUGUUUUCACAGUGAUUAUUUUAGAUAGCUACAAUAAGGUCUGUGUCGCUUGUAGGUGUACUGACUAGCUAUUGUUCUGAGAAGGUGAUGUCAAUCAAUGUUUGACUAAAAAGAAAGACUAAAAACCUCUUAAAGAUAUUAAUUUGGUUAAAAAACGUAUUGUAAUUAGUUGGCCUAAGUCUUACACGGACCUAUUUAUCUCUAUAAAAAAUCUAUCUUGUGGGAAAAUGGAUGGGGGCAAAUGGCAGCAAAUCACUUCUUUGCUUUGUGUACUACAAAAUGACACCGGCACACCUCAGCACUCUAUUGCACUGAAAUGUGGUUUGUUUUAUUUUCUUAACUUUUAAAAAGACAGGUUGACACCCUCAGUUAUUUUGGAAAUGCACAACCUCUGUUUGUCACUUCCACUAAAUGGUACUUGUCUUUAGGAUGUUACCAAUCACCUGAAGUUGAACCGAUUUCAAGUAAGGAAGGUGCUUAUUCUAGAAACCACUGGUUUGAAUGCAUUUACAACUCUUCAAGGCGCCAUAUGUUGACAUUGGUUAACACCAUUACAUGCCUUACCAGUACCAUACUUGACCCAAAAUUAACCCACAUACUACAGGUGUCAUCUGUACUAUAAUCAUCAUUUCAUUUAAUAAACAUUUUCAUUGCCAUCCAUUAUGAAUGUUGAUCAUUACAUAUCUUCUUACUGAAAUGUCCAAGCAGUGUGUUUGUAUUUCCGAAGUCUGAUUGUCACGCCCUGACCUUAGAGAUCCUGUUUAUGUCUUUAUUUUGGUUUGGUCAGGGUGUGAGUUGGGGUGGGUAUUCUAUAUUCUAUUAUUUGUAUUUCUAUGUUUUUGCCGGGUAGGGUUCUCAAUCAGGGACAGCUGUCUAGCGUUGUCUCUGAUUGAGAACCAUACUUAGGUAGCCCUUUUUUCCACCUGUCUUUUUUGGGAAGUUGACUUUUGUUUAGCCUUAGCCUUUAGCGUCAUGUUUUUUUUGUGUAGUGUUUGUUGUUUUUGUUCUUGUUCUGUGUCUUUUUUCCAAAUAAAGAGAAAAUGUAUGCACAA